UCUUCUUCUAGUCUUUUUUCGUAUUCUGCAGCCUUUCUUUACAACUCAUAUUCGGGAUCAAAAUCCCAAGGAGAGACAGCUGCGUGCAAAAGCGCAUUCCGUCAGCACUGCAAGUGUUCGCUACAUUUUUCUAGAGCUUUUUCAGAUGCAAAAGGAUACAAGUGCGAAUGCGGACGGACGUUCUUUUCCUACACUGAAAUGCUUUACCACAAGCACCCUGAGGAUAUCGAAAAAGAGAAAGCCGACAAGGAACUUUACGGCUGCCCCGUGCUUGUUCAUCCGUCGACAAGUAGAGUUGCUCUAUUGCAAGACAUGCCAACGCCAGCAUAUAUGGAAGAAGGUUUCGAGCCAAAGCAUCCGCUGAAGGUGAAAGGCAGUUUCAAUCCAAGAUCCUCUCGGUACUUGAUGGGACGCACUGGCGUCGGCUACACCGAUCGAAGUUCUUAUUUCCUUUUCCCCAGGACCAGCGGAUACGUGCCUCCAUUGUAUUGA